AUGGGUAUUGGUUUCAUGCUCGAUCCAGCAAUGGAUCUCGACGACUUUGAAGGUUGCGAUGAUGUCAACGUAGAUGAGCAAGUCCGCAAAAUGGCGAAGCAGUGUGGCUUACGCACACCCACCACCGGAGUACCAAAGCUAACAGCCGAAGCUCUUAAGUUCAAGAGUGUGAAGCGGCGUGGUGGAGACAUGCUGCGAGAGCCGUAUUCGAUGUCAAGACCGCGGGACUACUGGAGCGCAACGAGUGACACAGAAUUUUUGUUGCUAAAGAAAAUAGCAGAAGAUGUCUUCGCAAUUCCUACGUCGCCAGCGGCCAGCGAGCGAGCAUGGAGUGUCGAAAGGCUGGCCUACAUCUACAUCAACCACGGCACCAUUAGCAAAGAUAAGGUAGAUCUUGCGCGUCAUCGAUCGCGACCCGAUAGUGUAAUUAAAUAA